AUGAACGCUCAGUCAACGAAAGGCGGUGUUAUUGAUACAGACGUGCAAGUCAUGGAUGAGGCUCAGUUAGAACAGGCUAUGAAGCGCCUCAAGCUUUUGCACAUCAAGGCGCGACUCCUACGAGACACUAUUCCGAGAAUGCUUGACCCUUUGGUACAAAAACAUGCAUCGCCCGAUGCACUAUUCAACGCUUUUGUCAAAGCAGUCAACGAUGCUCGAUUGGAUGUUAAAGAAUUCGUAGAUUUGAUGAGGGAUGACACAAGCCAGCAAAUAUUUGCCUAUGUAGAGAAAAGUCGGAACGAAAAUCCCCUAGGUAUAAAGCCAUGGAGGCACCGAGAUCACCCAGAUUGGUUCAAAAUGGAUAAGGACUAA